AGGCAGUUGGUCAAAGGACUGACAUGGCUGUCUCUGGCGCCAAAGGCCGAUGGAGAGGUGUAUACCACUCUCAGUCGCAGUUCCAAGCGUUGGAAAGCUGCGAUCCAAGCGAAGACUGAUGAACGGUUCCAAGCCUUGCAAAUUCACCUCAAAUCUGACCAGUUGCAACGCAUCAAGCUUUCGGAUCGGGAUUUGCACCAUACACUGAAAAUGGGGACCGAGCUAACGGAAUGUUUCUUUCAAAUGCGCAUUUCACCCAGGCUACGGAAAUUGUGCCAUGACAGUGCUGCUUGGUGGUCCAAGUUUGGUUUAAACGCUGAAGACUAUCUGGGAUUAUGCACCACACUUUUGGGGCAAAUUUUCGGGGAGCAAAUUUUCACUUGUAUAACGGAGACGGAUACCAUUUUCCCUCUUCAAGUACGUGAACCUUCAUUAACCACACACUUUCAAAAAUACAUGACCGACUUGGUUGGUGGUUGGCGGAGUAUGUGUGCAAUGGAUUCCGCCGGAAGCCCUCAACCACGCAGAUCUAACGCCACCGAAAUAAACAACGACGACGUGUUGUCAUUGGCCAGUGACGAUGCAGCACCUUCCUCGAGCGGUUUGAUCUCCCAACGCUGCACUGUGAUCGCUGCCUCUCCAUCAAAGCGCAACCUGAUGGGCAGCAGUCGAUUAGAGCCAGAGUCAGCACUGGGCGUAAGCGUGGACAAAGAACUGUGUUUCUCUUUUCCAGACACAUUACGUAUCAACCAACAUCGAGCAUUGCCGGAUCCCAUUGCUUUCAUUCAUGUUGACUUGCCGUUGUUCCCACUGUCUGCAUUUGCCCCGCUGUCCCAUCGGAAUUUGCCGUCUCCCUUAAGAACAUCACCAAAAGUACCCACCAUCAAUCCUGUGCCCUUUCUGGAAUGCACGCGACUGGAAGAACUAUGUCAAUGCUGUAUUUGCCCAACAAGCACAAUGUCUGGUCACCUGACUCCGGCGAACUCGAAGUCGCAAAUUGUUUCAUCUGAUGUUGCAAACAACUCGUGUACCAAUGGUAUGUCAGGGUUUCAUCCUUCGCACCGGGACGGUUUGGCUACCUUGUUAAUGGAAGAAGAAAAAGAACUGAGACCGCACUUGUUCGGACGGUCUCCGUGCGCCAUUCAAAGCGAAGAGUUACAGGAGCGCAACGCACGGAAUUCUUUACAACUCUUUUCGGAACCCCUAUCUUUGCGCCAGACCCUGAACCACAAUAAGACAUCCCUAUCCACAAAACUUCACACUUUUUUCAUGCAGUUGUUUUGUCGCACAAAUUGCCCAUCUGAACGUCAGCCCUCCGUGCUGACUGUGGUCAAACACCUCGGGCGUGUGUACCACCCAGCCGUUAUAACUCUCUUGAUGCAUGCCCGGGAUCGAGAGCACAGUCCUUUGGACCUUAGUCAUCCGACAAUCCAAGCUGCUGUCAGUAGUAUCACUACACCUCAAAGGGAAUUUGCUGUCUUGCAACGCAUUCGCGGUCACAUUCAGGAAAAGGACUUGCCUCCUUGCAAUCCGUCAUAUCGCAGCCAACGUGUCUUGAGUGUGGAAUCUGAAUUGGUUACAGAUCAGCGCGCACAACGGAGCUUCCAGUCAGUAGUUACAUGUUCAUUUCACGAACCUACCAAACCUCUUCUGCCUAAAGAGCGCUUUUAUCGCAGCGCUGCUGCUAACAAUCGCAGUUCGGUGGUCUUAGACGUUCGAGCGUCUCAGCUGGCUCUUUUACCACUAAAGAGGAGCUCGGUGAUAGAAACACCCGAUUCUUUUGGCAGUAGACAAUCAGACGGCAAACUGAAUCUUAAGGUCGGUGCUUUAUAUCGUCAGAGUGCUAUUAGUGAGCCUGGUCCGGAGGGGGAUCAGUUUAAUCCACCGGAAUCUAGAUGUGGAAUCGACUGGCAGGAUGUUCAAGUUUUUGUCAGUCGGAAGCCGGCUACUGAAGGCCACUGGUCUGAAUUUGGCCCACUUACUUGCAUGUCAAACGGUCAAAAUGAGUCUGGAGGCACACCAACUGGAAGUCUUUAUGCUACUGAAGAUGCAGCAACCACAGAUGAUUUUGAGGAGACGGAAGACACUAUCUCUAUAUCUAGCCAAAAUCAGCGGGAUUUAAUGCAGUCGAUGUUUCUUGAUUCGGAUGCAUUUGCUUUCCUUCCUGAGACGCCGGAUCAAGCAGCAUGUACGUCUUUAGCGGUACCGGAAGCGUUAGUUACAACGGUAUCUACAGCCGAUAGCCUGAAUACGGAGCCUCUUUCUAAUGCUUCAAUCCAAACUCGUGUUCCUCCAUCUCAAUCUAUUGUUCCUUCGGUGUUCUUUGAAGUCAGUGAACACCGUCGUUAUGCUUCAUCCUCUCCGUCAACUGCUGGUCACCUGUCCACCGAGUGCACUUUCGUCCACUCUGAUCCACAGUUGUUGCAAUCUUUGGUCGUUUCAGCAGCCAGCCAAAGUCAGCCAGAUCUAAUGAAAGACGUGUCCUGCAAUAAUAACAAGUUUUCUCUUGCUGCGGUCGCAAACAGGCCCCUUUCCACCUACCCCAGCAACGCAUCACUCAUGGAGGUUGUGGCGUCUGGGAUCAACACAGCACCGAAAGAUGAUAGCUUUGAUUAUCCUGCGAACAAAGCAGAAGCGGAAGAAAUACAAGCAACGCUAAAAACGGUCUUGGUCGCUUGAAUUGGUAGUUGUCAUAUGGUACCACAAAAUUAGGCCGCAUCACAUUCAGUCUGCAACCUCUGUUCCGCAAUAUACUCACAGAACCGCUCAGCUUUGGAUUUUCUCCGCUUUUGCUCCUGUUUCAGUUGCGUUUCUGUUGUAUGUAGUGCAUGCGCCUCUUAUCUGGAUGAUUUCUUGCCACCCACUAAAAAUUAACAGUCACACGCUCUUAACGUCUUACCCUCCAUUUUUAUUGGGACAUGCUUUGUAUUCAUCUCAUAUCUAUUUUUUUCUUUUCCGUGCUUUUAUGGUUUAACGUUUUAGCUCCCUUGAUAGCUUAUGUGUCUCGAUAUUGUGAUACUAUUCAUGCCUUGCUUUUUGAUUUUUUCGCCCUUGUCAUACAACAUGAGCUCUAUGUACUUUUUGUACGCGCUCAGCUACCAUUUCUGUUCCCGUUAAAUCCGCAAUUCAUCGUUCGCGUGCAGAAAGCGACGUUUGAUUUCGAUGCCUUCCGGUUGCGCCUUUUUCAAACUGACUUAUGUUUCAUCUUAUCUGUUUGAUCUGCUUACAGUAUGAGACUUUUCAUUUAGCUUGAAGAAGAAGCGGAAUACCAACAGUACGCAGCCGUU